CGAAAACUCAACCUCAAUCAUACACACACAGUCAACACACAAGUGACUUAACCAGCAAAACAAAGUAAUCAAAAGGGCAACACUUUGAUAAAGAGAGGGUGGCACACACAGACAGUUGGUUGGUAUAGUGCUUUUUGUACCAAAACUUAAACAAAAACAAAUCGAAUCGAAUUCACUUUGGCAAACAAACAAACAAUGAACAUGAGUGAAGACACGAAGAAAAGCAACAACGGAGCUCUUGUCGUGAAACCCAACUCCGAUGAUCGGAAACCCACCCAGCCGGUGUCGCAAUCUGGCAAAAGAGUCAUCAUCAAGAGCGCCGACAUGAAAGACGACAUGCAAAAAGAAGCUGUUGAUAUCGCCAUCGCAGCAUUUGAGAGGAACAAUGUAGAGAAAGAUGUAGCAGAGCGAAUAAAGAAGGAGUUCGAUAAGAGACACGGACCCACUUGGCACUGCAUCGUUGGUAGCAAUUUUGGUUCAUACGUGACUCAUGAAACAAACCACUUUGUUUAUUUCUAUUUGGAUCAGAAAGCGGUUUUGCUAUUCAAAUCUGGUUAAUGAGGAUGGCGACGUUGAUAAAUAUGGAUGAAAAAAGGUGCCAAAGAUGAUGAGUUUAUGUUCAUCGUGUAAGAGUUGAUGUCUGUAUGUAUUAAUCGAGACCUGCCAUGCUGGCUGGUUAAACCUCAGAAUGGAGAUUCUUGUGCUUAACUUGUAUAUUUGUAUCCACUUGAACUAGCUUGAAACUUGUUAUGGAUGUGAGUGAAUUGCUGUCUGUUUACCUUGAAACCUCUAAAUGGUAAAUGGAGAUUCUUGUGCUCAA